AUGAAGCAUUCUCUGGAGAUACGGAGUCAACUCUGGUGGAACUGCGGACGCCGUGAGCUAGUAGUUGUCUCCUGUUCUGGAUCACAUGAAGUAAACUCUUCUACACCAAAUCCACCUGAGGAGUUCUCCCUGAUAAGAAAUAGGAUGGUGUCAUUUCGUCAGCCUUCUGAACCAGAAAUCUCUUGUAUCAUCACCUCAAGCUGCUCAUGGAUGACAUCUACAGAUAGUUUUGGAAGACCAGACUGGGUACUGUCUUCAGUCAGUGUCCUGGUAUCUCAGGAGAGGCAGCAGCUGCUUCUGGAAAACAGCUCCUCCCAAGGAGGUGUUGAAGGAGGCAUUUUCCUUCUGAACAUGAGUAGGCUGCCAGAUAGAUGCAAGUUCAGCCUGCACAGCCCAAUCCUGCCUGGGAGCGUGGACUCUUGUUUGCUGGAACUAGCUGUAUAUUCACAGGAUGCUGUUCCUCUCCUCCAGAGAUUCACAGUUGAAAUCAGAUAUGUGGACACUAACAGAAAUAUAAUAAUUUCUCUGAAAGUUGGCCAUGAAGAGGAUGCUGGGGUGAAAUGGAAAUCCAUGAUGGCUCAGAUUGGCCGAAUAGAAAGACCUUUUAAAAUCACCUUGCUGUAUUCAAACUGUGGAGCACAAGAGGCUGGACUCCUGGCAGUGGGCUCCUUGCAGCUCACAAACUGCUUCCAUGAUAAAGAAAACCCAGAUCUUUCUAUAUAUAACAAAGGCUCUUCCUUCCCCUGCCUUCACGGAGGCUGUGUUAGCCACUUACAAAUCUGUGAAUUCAUCAGUGAUUGCCCUACCAAAGAAGUAGAAGGAGUAAGAUGUGAUAGUCUCCCAGAAGGUUCACAUUGCUCUUUUGAAGAGGGUUCAUGUGGCUGGACACUGAAUGAAACUGCAGCAUUUCCUUGGUCUAUCAGUGGCUUUAAUGAAAUGAUUCACAAUGGUUCAUUUGUAGGGUCUACCUUGCAAGCCACUGCAGGACACUUCCUCUAUCUGCGAGCAGAUAGCAAUCAGACAAAUGGCAUCGCCAAGGCUUUCAGUACCAGCUUGCCAGCUGGUAUUGCUACUGAAGAUUACCAGAUCCAAUUCUCAGUGCAUGUUUUUGGCAGCUACAAUGGUACCAUCUCCUUCUCUGUCAGGGAAGAAAAAAAUGGAGUUCCAGUUACCUUGCCAAUGUGGGAAAGAGCAGGGAGCUGGAGUGAUCAUUGGUUUCUCAUCACUUUACCAAUGCCAGUGCUUCAGAACAGGUUUCAACUGCAACUCCUGGCAACCUGGGGUUGGAAUUCCCAAGCUGACAUUGCUAUCGACAAUAUUACAUUUGGAAUGAACUGCUUUGCUGAUGGAAGACAGCCAACUCAUUUUAGUGGAAAGCGUCAGUAUCCACGGGAGAUCAGUAGCCCUGAUGAGCAUCUUCUGAAUCCCCUGGAAGAGCCCUCCCUCCCAGGGGACACGUCCGUUGUUCUUUGGUGGUUCUCAACAUGUGGUGCCAGUGGUCCCCACGGGCCAACUCAAGCUCAGUGUGACAAUGCGUACAGGGGCAGCAAUGUGUCGGUGAUUGUGGUGAAGGAGGGAAGGCUGCGAGGAGUGCAAGUCUGGAGAGUGCCAGCCACAAAUCGAUACAGAAUUUCUGCCUAUGGAGCAGCUGGAGGGAAGGGAGCCAAAAACCACAAUGAGAGGUCCCACGGGGUCUUCAUCUCGGCCACCUUCCAGCUGGAGAAAGAUGAGCUGCUGUACAUCUUAGUGGGGCAGCAGGGGGAGGAUGCCUGCCCUGGGGCCAACCCUCAGACCCAGAAGAUCUGCUUAGGGGAGUCAUCUGUCAUUGAAGAAGAUUACAAAAAAAAAAAGGACCUGAAGGACUGGGCUGGAGGAGGUGGGGGUGGAGGAGGAGCAACCUACAUCUUUAGACAGAAGGAUGGGAUUUUCGAACCUUUGCUCAUCGCAGCAGGAGGAGGAGGAAAAGCCUAUCUGAAGGCUCAGGACAACUCCCUGGAUGACGUACCUCUGGAGCAGUUUGAGAACAGCACUGCAGUACCGGGAGUCAGUGGAAGAACUGGGGCAGCAGGUGGAGGUGGUGGUUGGCAAGAUGUGACUCUGCUUCCUCAAGCUGGGAAGUCCCUCUUGGAAGGUGGAGAAGGGGGUCAAGCUUGUCACCAAGCAUUAGCCAAGCUCCAGUGGGCUACCUCUGGUGGUUUUGGUGGUGGAGGAGGAGCUUGUACUUCUGGUGGAGGAGGUGGAGGUUACAGAGGGGGGCAUGCCUCUAACAGUGAUGAUAUCACAGCUAGUGGGCAGUAUGGCAUCUCGUUUGUGAAUCCCAUUGGAGAGAUCUUCUUGCAUCCCCUUGCAGCCGUGGAGAAUGAUGGUGAGGUGGAGGUUCAGAUAUACCUUAACUGUAGCCACUGCCACUCAGACAACUGUAAGAGAGACCCUGACACCAACCUACCUGUCUGCCAAUGUGAGAUGGGGGCUGUGCUAGCCAAUGACAAUGUUACCUGCACUGUGCUACAGGGUCAUAUCCCAGAGGGACAUCUGCCUCUCCCACUCCUCCUAGCUGUGGUGGCUGUGAUUGUGGUGCUCGGAAUGAUCCUCACUGGUGGCAGCCUAUCUAUCAUUUAUCACCUGAAGAAGCAGCAACUGGAAGGAGCCAGAGCACGACUGCAGAGUCCGGAAUAUAAACUGAGUAAAAUCCGCACAUCAGCCAUCAUGACAGAUUACAACCCCAACUACUGCUUUGCUGGGAAGGCUGCCACUCUGAGUGAGCUGAAGGAGAUCCCACGGAAGAACAUCUCUCUGCUUCGGGCACUCGGACAUGGUGCGUUUGGUGAGGUUUAUGAAGGAACAGUGGUAGGCAUUGCAGGGGAUCCCAAUCCUCUCCAGGUGGCUGUUAAGACACUGCCAGAAGUCUGCUCCGAGCAAGAUGAGAUGGAUUUCCUGAUGGAAGCACUGAUUAUCAGUAAGUUCAAUCAUCAAAACAUUGUGCAGUGCAUUGGUGUUAGCCUGCAGACGCUGCCUCGCUUCAUUCUGCUUGAGCUCAUGGCUGGAGGAGAUAUGAAGAGUUUUCUUCGACAGAAUCGACCCAGAGCGAAUCAACCAUCCACACUAACAAUGCAGGACCUGCUGAACAUAGCUAGGGAUAUCGCCUGUGGCUGUAAAUAUCUGGAAGAGAAUCAUUUCAUACACAGAGAUAUAGCUGCAAGGAAUUGCCUUCUGACCUGCACUGGAGCAGGUCGAAUAGCCAAAAUUGGUGACUUUGGGAUGGCCAGAGAUAUCUACAGAGCAAGUUACUAUCGCAAGGGAGGAAGAGCCAUGCUUCCUGUCAAGUGGAUGCCGCCAGAAGCUUUUCUAGAAGGCAUUUUUACCUCCAAGACUGAUACCUGGUCCUUUGGUGUUCUUCUCUGGGAGAUUUUCUCUCUAGGCUACAUGCCCUAUCCCUGCAAAACUAAUCAGGAAGUGCUGGAAUUUGUCACCAGUGGAGGAAGAAUGGACCCACCAAAGAACUGCCCAGGGCCUGUGUACCGCAUCAUGACGCAGUGCUGGCAGCACAGCCCAGAAUACCGGCCAAACUUCUCUACCAUCCUGGAAAGAAUCAAGUACUGUACGCAGGACCCUGAUGUGAUCAACACAGAGCUGCCCAUGGAGUGUAGCCCAGCACCAGAGGAUGAAGGGAACACGGUUGUGCGCCCAAAUGUUUCCAGUGGGAUAGUGCCCCUGUUGGUGAGCCCUUCUCUUACACCUCAGAUGACACCUAAAACCCUGGAUUCCCACCGUCCUGGGCAAAAACUUGUACAAUGUCCACAAGAGCUGCUGGUGGAAAACCUCAGCAACCGGGCUGCUCGAGGGCCCAGCCUGCCAUGCCUCAGUGAUUUCAGCGCAUCCUGGAUCCAGACUUCAAACCAGAAGUUAGAAUUCAGCAAUCCAUCAACCCACAGACUGAAGAACAAAACUAAAAACCUUUGGAAUCCAACCUAUGGAUCAUGGGUACUAGAGAACGUCUGUCACUUAAGCCCCACCUCCAAACUGAAAGCAACUCCAGAGCGAGAAGAUUCAGGCUUUGAUGGAAAUUGCAGUUCUUCUCCUAGUUCUCGGGCAUCUCCAGCAUCUCCAAGUCGAAGCAACUGCCCUCACUUAGACAUUGGUGGGAUCGAACUGGUGAAACUCCAGACUUUCCCCUGUGGUAAUGUAAAUUAUGCAUAUGAUGAUCUGUGCUAUGGCACUGAUCACCCACCAUCAGUUUUGACAGGGGUCAGAGCAGCUGUGCUAAGGAGCUCCAGUCUGCAUACAGAUGAGAAACCUUUUUAUAAAACAGAUAAAGCAGCAAGAGAGAGGGACUCUGGUCUGUCUUUGUCAGAUGAUCUGAGUGUUACACCCGUAUAACAGAAAAGAUUCAUCCAAAUAUCAGAGAAUGUAAGUGUUUCUGGAAGGGCAAACUUGAACUGCUUCUUAUUUCACUUACUUUCUCCAUGUAAGUUCCUUUAGAGGGGUGGUCUUCUUCCUCCUUCAGCAAUGAUCUUCUUCCUCCUUCUACCUGCCAGAUCCCCAGAUCAUUACAGACAGUUGCAUUUCUACUUCUGUCCACCAACUGUGUUCCAUUGGACCAACUUAGUUGUAGAGAAAACAGUAUUGCUGCUCUGAAUCAGCAUACAGUACCUAACAAAAGACCUCUUUUUCAAUCAGCUCAGGUGAAAAGAAAUAGACUUAUUGUCCAACCAUAGUGUUUGGAUGGAAAUAAUGACCAACAUAGGCUGCUCUUCUUUCUGACCUUAGAAACCAAAAAUGCAUGCUGUGCCAGCAGUGAGCAACUUGUGAAGACUUGCUGUGUU